AUGGGUUCAAGCGCCCAGGUUGCGCUGGUAACAGGAGGGGCAUCGGGAAUGGGAUUGGGUGUCGUGGAAGACCUAGUGCAAAAGGGUUGGAACGUUGCCAUUGUCGACGUCGAUGCCAGAAUGGGCCAUUCUGCGGAGGAAAGGCUGGGAACCCAGGUCCUUUUCAUCCGCGCCAACGUCGCCGACUACAAUCAACAGGCAGAGGCGUUCUCUCAGACGUGGGCGCAAUGGGGAAGACUUGAUCUUGUUUUGGCCAAUGCUGGAAUCCUUGACCGCAUGGACAUCACAGCGCCCGGCAAAGAAAUGGCAAACGGCGCACCUGCGAAACCAGAUACCCUGGCCGUCGACAUCUGUCUAUAUGGCGUGAUAUAUGCCGCCUAUCUCGCUCUGCAUUACUUCCGCAAAAAUGCGAACGGAAAAGGGAAUCUCGUUUUCACGUCGAGUCAGGGUGGCAUAUAUCCCGUCGUCGGAUUCACUCGAUCUCUGGCGCAACGAAUGAAGGAUCUGGGCGAACCCAUCACGGUCAACUGUAUUCUCCCCGGGCUCGUCCCGACCCCUCUUGCAAACACGGCAUUGUUGGCCGCGUUCCCCCAGGAGAUGAUUACGCCCGUCUCAACCAUCGUCAGAGCCGUCAAUGGAUUCAUUGAAGACCAGUCCCUGACGGGCCAGGCCGCAGAGUGCAGCGCUCGGGAAAUCCACUUUCGGCCAGUACUUCCGUACUCGAACGCCGCGGCCGAAUUUAUGAGCGCCGGGAAGUUUGCGGCGCUGGUCGAUAUGAAGGCGGCGAUGGAAGACGUGGAGAAGAAAACGAAAGUGUUCGAGGAGAAGAUGGCGGACGGCGGUGUGUGA